CUCUUCUUAUUUUUAUCAAAUAAGAAUAUUUAUAUUGAUAAGUGUAUAAUCAGUAAACGGACUUUAAUUUCUUACGUUAAAUAUUUGGAGGUUCGGAUUAAUUAACUGAAUUAACAUUUUCAAUUAACAUCGAGUACUUCAAAUAUUAACAAAAUGACCGUAAGUGGUAUUGAUGUUGAGAUACGGGACAAAGUCCUGUUGAUAACGUUUGACAGGCCGGAAAAACUUAAUAGCAUUGAUAGAAAAGGAUAUCAGGCGCUUGGUUUGGUGCUGAGAAAAGUGGCCAAAGAUGACAGUGUGACGAUUGUUGUUAUUACUGGUAAAGGAAAUUUUUUCACUUCUGGAAAUGAUUUGUCACAAGUUAUGGACGGUGCUUCAGAUUUUGAAACACAUAUUAAAGAAGCAAACGAUAUAUUUAAAGAAAUGGUUAGUGCAUUAAUCGAAUGUCCCAAAUUGACUUUGGCGCUAGUUAAUGGACCUUGCAUUGGAAUUGGAGCUACAUUGGCUGCACUUUGUGACAUUGUAUGGUGCUCAUCUAAUGCAUAUUUCUCAACUCCAUUCACAAAAUUAGGUCUUGUACCUGAAGCGUGUUCAUCGUAUUUAUUUCCGUCAAUACUUGGACGUUCCAAAGCAAAUGAAAUGUUAUUGUUGUCACAGAAAUUGAGUGCUCAGGAAGCUUACAAUUUUAAUUUUGUUUCAAAAGUAUUUGAAAGUAACACGUUGGAUUCUCAUAUUUGGCCAACAAUUAGGGAAUUAUCGGAACUACCCCCAUGCUCAUUGCAAAUAUCUAAAUCUCUUGUUCGUAUGCAUGAGAAAGAUACGUUGUUUCGAGCACUGAAUGCCGAAUCAGAGGAACUUUAUAAACGAUUUUCCACGGAGGAAUUUGCUAAUGCUCUGAUAGCUUUUGCGUCACGCAAAAAUAAAUCAAAAUUAUAAUAUUGAAGUCAUGGAUGUUAAGUUAUAAAAAAUAGUAAUUUUCCACAUGGAUAGAUACAAUUUUUAGAUGUACAAACUGUUAUGGAACUUUUCAAUAAGUAUAAAAGGGAAUGGAGUGUUUUGUAUUUGGGAUAAAGACAAAUUACAUUCCUUAAAUAUAUUUCUAUACGUCUUACUUAUAUAUAUUUAAGGAUAAAAGGAAACAAUUCGAUCAUUAUUUUCGUAAUUAUUUAUAUUGGAAUAAACACAUUAAUAUAUGUAAAAUAAAAUAAUAUUGUUAAUGUUUUAAUAAAGGUGUCUUAUUUUUCA